AUGCAUAUCUCCCCCAAACUCAUUGCUGCUGUCCUCGCUACCUGUGUAACAGCACAAGUAUCUCCUCCCACUUCUUCCACUUCUUCCUCUUCACUUAGUGUUCCUUCCUCGUCCUCUUCUGAGAUCGUGCCGACGACUACGAUCACGCCUUUUGUACCCGGCACGACGACGAGCUCGAGGGUUAGAAGGAGAACGACGAGUGGUGUGGUUAGGGGGGCGAGUGUGACUGGGACUGGGAUUGGUGGUGGUGGUAGUACGAGUACUGGUGCGGAUGGAAAUGUAGGAAAUGGUGGGAAUGGUGGGAAUGGUGGGAGUGGAGUUUCUACGGAUGGAAAUGGGGGAAAUGAUCCAAGUGGUAUGAAUGCUGGUAAUGGAGGAAAUGGAGGAGGAGGUGGGACGUCUACGGAUCCAGACGCUUUGAAUAUGAAUGGGAAUGGAAAUGGGAAUGGAGGUACGGAUCUAAAUUCAUCUGGCUCGGGCUCUGGUAGCAACUCUGGAGCGGGUUCAGGAAGUCGGAAUGGUUCGGCCAGCAACUCGGGAACACGUACGACAAGUGCCCGUAUCAGGAACCGGACGACGUCGAGUCGGAGAUCUUCUGCUACUGCUACUGCUACUGCUAGUGCUAGUGCUACUGCUACUGGUGCUGGGAAUGGAAAUGGAAAUGGGGAUGGGAGCGGUAAUGGAUCGGGAGUCGACUCUGAUCCUGAUUCUGCGAAUGGAAAUGGGAAUGGGGCUACCAAUGCUAAUAUCGAUUUCAUAAACUCAAAAGGUAACGAUGAGGGAGGGAAUGGAAGCGGCAAUGGAUCUGGAAUAAACUCUGAUCCUAACUCUGUGAUUGGAAAUGGAAAUAGCAAUGGAAAUGGAGGUACCGAUCCAAAUUCAUCGAGCUCGAACUUGGGCUCGGGCUCAGGAUCAGGAUCUGGAAACGGCUCAGGAACACGCACGACGAGCAGUCAUCUCAGAAAACAGACGACGUCAAGUCGUCGGUCCUCUGCUACUGAUGCUGCUAGAAAUGGAGGAAAUGGAUCUGGAUCUAGAUCGGGAACAAAUUCGGAUCCUAACUCUGCCGGUGGAAAUACGGAUGGAAAUGGAGGUGCUAAUAUGAACGUCGAUUCAACAAAUUUAGAAGGCAAUGGAGGAACUAACCCCGACAACACCAACGGAAACUCCAACUCCAAUGCCGGUGCCAGUCCAUCAUCCUCGAAUUCAAACUCCAAUGGCGGAACCAAUCAGUCGGGAGGUGGUAAUGGAGGCUCCGGAGGUUCAGGGAAUAAAGCAACUACCUCUUCACGAAUGAAGGCGACUUCUUCGAGGGCUUUUAGGGCUACUUCUACUUCUACGUCUACUUCUACGGUUGGCAGUGGAAAUGGAAAUGGGGAUAUGAAUUCGAACGACAAUGGUAAUGAUAAUUCGAAUAAUAAUGGUGGGAAUGGUGAUGAGAAUGCGGGAUUUGGAGAUUUUGAUAUUGCUUUCGAGCCUGUUCCAGCACCGGGUGGUGGGGAUGAGAAUACUGGCAAUGUUGGGUCCGGGGGUCAAGGGGGUGGUGCGGGGAAUGGGAAUGGGAAUGGAGAUGGCGAUGGAAAUGGAGAUGGCAAUGGGAAUGGAAAUGGCGGAUUUGGAGAUUUUGAUAUUGCCUUCCAACCAGUUCCUGAGCCGGGUACUGGGGGCGGUAAUACGGACAAUGUUGGGUCUGGAAAUCGUGGAGGAGCUGGGAAUGGCAAUGGCAAUGGGGAUGCUAAUGGCAAUUCAGGGGCUAGCAAUGGCUCUGGAUCUGGAUCAAAGUCAGGAAAUGGCAGAAACUCAGGAAACGGCAAUAUAGGAAACAGCAACAACGGCUCUGGCUCCAAUUCAGGAAACGAUGAUGGAAUAGAUGAAGACGAUUUCUUCCAAACCAGUGACGGAAAUGAAGAUUGGAAUGAUGGAAGUGGAGACGAUGCAGAUUUCGAUGCGGAUGCAUUUAGCGAGGACGAAUGGAAUGAUUGGAACGGGGGAGACGACGAAACUACCCGCAUUCAAGGAUCUCAAGGCAACACUGGGAAUGGAAAUAAUCGAAACGACGGCUUCAAUAGAAAUGGCUCGGGUGGUUCUCGUCUGGGUUCGGGUUCGGGUUCUCGUCCAGGCCAGGGUCAAGACCAAAAUCAAAAUCAGAAUCCAAAACAGAAUCAGAAUCAAAAUGAAGAUCCCAAUUCCGGAUCUGAUUCUCAGCCGCGUCCAGGAGAGAACUUUGAUUCUAACUCUGAUCACGACUCCAACUCUAACCCAAAUGAGAACUCCAACUCCAAUCCAAACGGAGAUUCCAAUCCUGGAUCUGAUUCUCAGCCGCGGCCGGGACAGAACUUUGAUUCUGACUCCAAUCACGACUCCAACUCGAAUCAAGAUAUAAACUCCAACUCCAACCAACCCAACUCAGACUCCCCCUCGCCCUCACACCCUUCAUCCCCCUCCCCAACCACCUCCCCACCAAACAACAACCAAAACAACAACAACAACAAACCACCCCCCAACCUCGACCUCCCCUCCCCCUCCACCUUCCAAACCCAAACCAUCUACCCCUCAACCCUAACAAUCUACCCCUAUCCCCAAGAAACCAGCAUGCGCCAUAAAAGCGCGGGAUAUCGAAAACAUCCUGCGUCUUCGCCUAGAAAGGCAGAGGGUUAUCGUCAUCGGUGGAGGAAGGUUAAGAAGGUUGGUGUGAAGGUGUCAAGGGUGCAAAAGGUUAAGAGGGGAGAUGGAGAGGAGAAGAGAAGGGAGAUUCGUGGGAUGGGUGGGAGGGGGAAGGGUUGGUAUCGUCGUUUUUGGGGGAGGGUUGGGGUUUAG